AUACUUAAUCUACAUAUACUAUUCUCUCUAAAAACUCUCAAUAAUUCAGUUUUUUGGGGUUCUGAAAUACGCUUUCCUGCUUUGAAUCUGUGUCUAAUCCCCAGAAAAUAUGAUGCUCCAGCAAGAUCUUUGAGUUGGAAAGUAAGGAAACAAAGGAAUGGAGGGUGACACAUUUAGGCUCGGGAAUGGUGGUCAGGUAGAUGGCAAAGUGGUGCAGACAUUUCAGAAGAGCUUUGUUCAGGUUCAGAAUAUAUUGGACCAGAACAGGCUACUGAUCAAUGAGAUAAACCAGAACCAUGAAUCUAGGAUCCCUGACAACUUGGGAAGGAAUGUUGGGUUGAUUAGGGAGCUCAACAACAACAUAAGAAGAGUGGUUGAUCAUUAUGCAGAUCUUUCGAGUUCCGUCUCUAAAUCCUCUGAUAUUGCCUCGUCUGAAGGUGAUUCCAAUGGCGGGCAUAAAAGAAACAGGCCUGCAUGAUUUUGGGGCUUAUUAGUAAUUCUUUUG